ACAUUAAUUUAUUGUUUUUAUUUUAAAAACUUUGUAAACAAUCACCAGUUUGUUAUAAACAACAACAAAUGUCGGACGAAGAAGAAGAUUAUAUGUCCGACAAGUUCCUGGCUGGCCUGCAGGAGGUGCGUCCCAGUCUGGUGCAGGAUCGCGGCAAGAAGAGACAGAUUGAAGUAGAAACAAAAAAGGAGGAGCAAAGAAAAAGGCAACGGGAGGCCACCGCUGCCGCCGGAACCGUGGACAAUGCUCGUCUCCAGCAAUCCCUAAGCCAACCACUGUCGGCGGACAAUAAGGGCUUCCAACUCCUGGCCAAAAUGGGCUAUAAGGCGGGUGCUGGCUUGGGAAAACAGCCCGAUGCUCGCAAGGAACCUGUGGGAAUAACAAUAAAAAGCGGACGCGGAGGCCUGGGACGAGAAGCGGCCAUUGCAGAGUUGGCUGCCAAGCGGCAGGAACUGAGGAGAGCUCACCUCUUGCAACGGGCGGGCAUUGAAUCCGGUGCUGAAAUCAGCACGGAGGCCUAUAGAAGACGUGCCACCCAAAAAGCCGAAGAGAGAAAGCUGCAAUACGAUAUAAGGAGAUGCCAGCAAACCUGCGAGUCCUUGGAUCUAAAAGCCGACGUUACUGAGCCAGAUUUAGAGUUUUUCUGGCCUCCAAAGCCCAAGGAGGAAGAGAAUAGCGAUGCCGAAGGAGAGCAAGAUCCCCCCGAAGAGGAGGAGACGCCCAAAGAGGAACUAUACACUCCAGCCGAGCAGCUGGAGCUGCUCACUGGCUACCUGCGCACUGCCUACUCCUUCUGCUACUGGUGUGGCACGCACUACGAGGACUCCGCGGAUCUAGACUCCAACUGUCCAGGACUUACCCGCGACGACCACUAGUUUUAGAGAAAAUCAAUACAAAGCUAGAUUAAUUAGACAUUAGUUUGCAAAAUCGCAGCAGGUUUACAAUUAUGUUACAAUAAUACAUAGUCAAAAAACA